AUGGCGCCAUUUUGGGAACUGAGUGGUAGGAAGCUACACUGGGCAGUCUGGACGGAGUCUCUGGUUUGCAUUUCAAUCUUUGGAUAUGCAACAGCAUCGGCCGGUGGUGUACUCAAUGGCGAGUCCUUCAGGAAGCAGUUUCCUACUAUCGAUGUUACGGAUGCUCCUCCUGAUCAAAAACAUGACAAAUCAGUCAUACAAGGAACUGUUGUGGCAAUGUAUACCCUCCUGGGUGCUUUUGGCGCGAUUGCCUGCACCUUUCUUGGUGAUCGACUGGGCCGCCGCAUGACCAUCUUCGUCGCAGCCAUGGCAGUGUUCAUCGGGGGCCUUCUGAUGUCAACAUCAUAUUCUCUUGGUCAAUUUAUCGUUGCGCGGUGCGUUCUGGGGCUUGGGGUAGGCGGUAUCACUGCGACGGUGCCAGUGUGGCAAUCCGAACUCUCCAAAACUAAAAGUAGAGGCUCGCAUGUUUCUUCCUUUGGCAUCUACUGUGGUACUGGAUUAUCCUUGGCCUUGUGGGUUUCCUUCGGCAUGUCCUUUACGAAGGGAUCGGUGGCUUGGAGAUUCCCAUUAUCGAUUGUAAGUGUGUUGGCUGUCAUCGUUAUGUGUUUCAUCUUCACACUGCCGGAAUCCCCACGCUGGCUCAAACUCAAAGAUAGACACGAAGAAGCCAAACGUGUACUGGAUUUACUUCACCCUGGCGACCCCGAGGCUGUCGAGAAGGAGAUCGAAGAUAUCGAGCUAGCCUUGCGAAUUUCUGUUCGACAUACGAGUCUCUUGUCUAUGUUCAGCAUGGGACCACAGAGGAUAUUCCACCGGGUCGUUCUAGCUUCUAUCUUGCAAAUCAUGCUUCAGAUGACAGGAGUAAACGCGAUAGCCUUCUACGCCCCCACGAUCUACGAGCAGCAACUGCAUUUCCCAGCAGUCGAAGCCGGUGUUCUCGCCGCUGCAUCACAAGCCUGUCUCAUUUUAGGGGGAAUCCUAUGCGCAUUCACGGUGGAUCGUUUUGGGCGACGACCUCUGAUGAUGUUCAGCGCUUCCGCCAUGUGUGUUUGCUUCGUGUGCGUCACUGCACUUACCUCCCAGCCGGACAACAGAGCAGCUUCGAAGGCGGCUGUGUUCUUCUUAUACCUGUACUAUGUUGUGUACACCGUCGGGUACAUUGGUAUACCUUUCUUGUACGCCAGUGAGAUUGCUCCAGUCCAACUCAGGGCAGCUAUAUGUGGUUUGAGCACAGCUAUUAGUUGGCUCUUCAAUUUCAUGGUGGUUGAGGUCACACCGGUCGGAUUUGAGGAUAUUGGUUACCAGUACUUCAUCAUCUACACCGUUUUGAAUGCAACGUUUGUCCCCAUGGUCUACUUCUUCUAUCCCGAAACUGCGGGCCGAUCUCUUGAAGAGCUGGACGCAAUUUUUGCCCAGUCAAAAUCUAUCUUCGACACUGUGAGAGUUGCGAAACAGAUGCCUAAAAUCCACUUGAAGGAACUUGGAUAUGAGAAAAAGGCUGCAGAUCUUGAGCACAUGGAGAAAUAUGAAGCUGUGUAG